CAUCAACAGAGACACUAUGAGAAACUUGGUGGUGCAAGCCGAGAGUGCGUGCCAUGUUCCUGCAGGUGCUUCUCACUGGACCGACAUGAGCUUCGAUCCCGCCGAAGAACGUAUGUGGUGUGUGUCUUCUUCUGGUCAACUGGUGGGUGUCGUCGAUGGCAACAUCGUGAUUGAAGUCGACCUGCCGGCGUCCGAACGUGACUGGUCAUGGUGCGCGUUCCAUGCAGAACUCGAUAGCGUUGUAUGCGGGUCUCGCAGCGGGACUCUUGUUAGCGUGCAAUGCUCGGACCAGCAUGUGGAAUUGAUCGGCCACUUCGACUUCGGAAUCCGUGGAAUGGCUUGGAGUCCCAACGAAGAACAACUCGCGUUGGUGACGGGUGACGGCCAAUUUAUCACCUUCAGCGCGACGUGGAAUGUCCUUCAUGAAUCUUCAUGCGCGUGUGGACCGAUCGAGGAAACCAUACAGCUGUCGUGGCGCGCGGAUGGCAAAUUCCUGGCUAUACAGGGACCAUUGUCAUCGACGGAAGGGCAAUCUCUUCAGGUGUGGGCCGUCGAAAAUGCUAUGUGGACGUUGCAUGGAACCGGUCGCCACGAGGACAAGAGGCAACUGGCGCUGCAAGGCAGUGGCUUCCACUGGUGUCCCAACCAAACUUUGAUUGCCUCGAGUGAGGUGUUCAAAGGGCAACUGCACGUGGUCUUCUUCGAAAGGAACGGGUUGCGUCAUGGUGAGUUCCCGUUGGAUUCGACGGGUCUUUUCACCGUGACGCACCUCGCUUGGAACAUGGCGUCGGAUGUGCUCGCCGUGGUCAUCUCGCCAACUUCCAAUGCAACGCCGACGAAUGGUCCCACCCCUUCGAUCACGCCAACCACUGUACAGCUGUGGACGCGGAGCAACUACCACUGGUCCCUCAAGCAGUCAAGACAAUUAACUUCGCCCGUGGCCGCUCUUCAGUGGGACCUUGAGCAGCCGUAUGUGUUGCAUGCGCUGCAAACUACCGGGGCGUUCCAUUCCCUGUCUGUGUCUUGGCACGUCUGUGCGAAUGCAGCUGCGACCGUCGCGGUGAUAGAUGGCAGACACGUCAAGGUGACCCAUUGUGCCACCGCACUCAUUCCUCCCCCCAUGUGCGCUGCCAGCAUCGAGUUUGCCCAUGCCAUCAACGCCACCGUCCUGCUGAACAACGACACACUCGUCGCCCACGACGUCGAUGGUCGGUGGUAUGUAUUGAGCGCCCCGUGGAUCGACAAGCCUCAACCUCUUUUGUUGGUGGGAGCGGACGACGAGUCACGGCCCUGGCUCCUUCGACAUCUACAGGCCGUGGACAAUUCGACGGUCACUGGCAUUUUGAGAUCAAAGCCGUCGCAAAUAGCCACGAUUAACAUCGCGACAGGGUCUGUGGCGACGACAGACCAUGCUGAAGACAUUUCUACCGUCUCGACCGAUGGACACCAUGUUCAGCUUGCUGCAUCGAAAGCAAUUGUGCCAGGGAUUGGUGUUGUCCAAACCCUGCACAUCUUGUGGACGAAAUGGGUGGUCCUCGGCUCGGAUCUUGUUGUCGCGCUCGCUCGAUCCAAGCUUUACGUGAAUGCGACGUUGCUUCACGCAUCGGUCGAAUCGUUCGACAUCACCGCGACGGGGUUCUUGGUCUUGACCACGCUCGGUUCCAAGGCGGAAUUUCACGUGUAUCAGUUGGAGGCAGUUCGAGAUGGCCGUGUUGACCCUGUGCACACGAGGCCGAUGGAGCGAGGGGCAAUGGUCGUAACGACCACCGACACGGACGUGGUGCUUCAAAUGCAGCGUGGCAAUCUCGAAGGAAUCUCGCCGCGCCCAUUGCUCCUGGCGUUGCUGCGUUCACUGCUCGUUCGUCAGGAUUACGCCCCUGCAUUGGAGCUGUGUCGAAAGCACCGCAUUGAUAUGAAUGUCCUAGUGGACGUCAAUCCUGGCACGUUCCUCGCACAUAUACCCGAGUGGAUCGAGGCCAUUCCAAAGCGCAGCUGUGUCGACCGACUCUGUCUCUUCGUCACGAACCUCCAUCCCACAGACGUCUGCGCAACGAAAUUUCCAGCGCUACAAGGACUCAACAGCGCCGUGAUGGACCCGGCGUGGGACAAAGUCGUUCAGGUGUGCACUGCCCUGCGAACGGUCAUGGCCGAGCUGAACCAUGACUUUUACAUGCUCGCGUUGCUCACGUGUGACGCGAAAUUGCUCGACCUUGAUGCUGCGCUGCAGCGAUUACAAGUGCUGCAUGCCAAAGACCCCGUCGCGGCACAGAAAGGGCUCAAACAUCUCGUGUUUCUUGUGGAUGUGGAAGAAUUAUACGACGUGGCGCUCGGGCUGUACGAUAUUGCGUUGACUCGACUCGUGGCCCAGCACACCGAGCGAGACCCCAAAGAGUACACGCCUCAACUGGCACAGUUCGAAGCGCUUGCGUCGUUGCAUUCGCCGUCGUACAUGCGCUACGCCAUCGACAUGUCCCUGCAGAGAUUUGAUCGCGCACUGCAGCACUUGCAUGCGGCGGGGCCAGCCCACCGCGAGGAUUGUCUCGAGUUCGUCAAGACGUACCAUUUGUAUGAUCAAGGCCUCGCGCUGUUCACCACCGCGGACGAUCGAAAGCCCAUUCUCACAGCGUAUGGCCACUACUUGAUGGGCCAGUCCCAGUAUUCCCAAGCUGGUUUUACGUUUUUGAGCGUUCGAGCGACGGAAGAAGCCGUUGAAGCGUUCAAGAAGGCGCAUGACUGGCAAAUGGCGCUCACGUUGGCACCACAAGUCCCGACGCUGAACGUUGUGACUGUGGCGUAUGCGCUCGCCGAAGAACUAGUGAACCGAAACAACCCGAACCCGAAGGACGCGGCACGCAUCCUCAUCGAGUACUGCCACGAUGUGGACGAAGGCAUUGCCACAUUGCUCUCAGGGCGACUCUACGCGGAUGCGUUGCACAUGGCGGCGCUUCACAAUCGAUUGGAUUUGAUAGAAACGGACGUCCAACCAGCGGUGGAGCAAGCUGCCAUGGAAGUCGAAGAAGAUUUUGAAGUGAAAAUGUCGACGUAUCAAACCCAUUGGACACGCCUGACGACGUUGCGCGAGCAAAUUCGACUUUUUCGGCUGCAUGGGAUCGAUGGCAAGGCCGAUGAAGAUGACCACGAUGGCGGAAAGGAUUCAGCGUCGAGUGCUGCAGCUAGUGCGUUCAGCCGAAGUAGUAGCGCGAGCAGCGUCGGCAGCCACAACAGCAACCGCGACAUCAAAUUUGGCCUGUCAGACAACCUGACGUCGCUCGGAGCCGCAGUCACGAGUUCGUACUAUGUGGGAGGCAGUAGUGCUGCGGGUGCGUCGGAAAAGACGGUGGCUCGAAAGAAGAUGCCACGUCGGUUCCGCCGCGCCAAGAUUCAAGAAGGCAGCGCUGAGGAAGACGCGUAUGUGCAGCAGUGUCUGUUUGCAGCAGUGCCGACCCCAGACGAACUAAAAGACGUCAAGGCGCUGUUGCAACUGCUCGUGUACUUUGGCGAGGUCAAAUGGGUUGUAUCGAUCCAAGCCACGAUUCAGCGGUGCUUGACGCACAUGGCCGCCCAUCCGCCGCCGCUACCCGUGCAUGGCGAGGCCGUGCCAUUCGUCGUGCCUGCGGUAGACGACUCGUGGCUCGUAUUGCCCCUGUCGAUGGGAUAGUGUUGCAUGUCGAUAAACAAAAAUGCUCUUCACGUUCCACA